CACAACGCAUCAAUUUCAAACACAACGCAUAUAUAUACCCCAAUAUAUAGUCUGCGUUGCAGGCUAAGUGUUUCUGUUCUUGUACAUCUUUUGCAGUAAACAGGGAAGGGGUGGACAGGGAAAUGAUUCAAGUAUACUAUUAUAGUUUUGUAUUGUUAUUGUGGUGUUACUGGUGUAUAGUUUUAUAUUGUUGUAUUGUGUUGUAGAAGUAUAAAUACUGUUGUGUAACUUGUGUAUUGUCAGUGCUGUAUAAUCGUGUAUUACAUGACGUUUAACUAUACUCUGCGCGAAAAUGGAGUUGAAAUGAGGGUUGAGCAGAAAGUUUAAGAUUUUCUGGAUUUUCGUUAUUUAUUUAUGCUCAUGACAUGAAUAAAAACUGAGUUAAGUGAGUGUUGUAAAAUUUGACAAUGACAAUUGCGAUUGGAUUCGAAGGAAGUGCAAAUAAAAUUGGUAUUGGAAUAAUACAAGAUGGUCAAGUUCUGUCGAAUGUGAGGAAAACAUAUAUCACACCCCCCGGGCAAGGUUUUCUCCCGGGACAAACAGCAAAACAUCAUCAGGAACAUAUCCUGGAUAUUUUGCAAAAAGCAUUAGAAGAAGCAAAAGUGAAGCCGCAAGACAUUGAUUGUUUAUGUUACACUAAAGGUCCAGGCAUGGGAGCUCCUCUGGUUUCAGUUGCUGUUGUUGUCAGAACAUUAUCUCAACUCUGGAAGAAACCCAUUGUUGCUGUGAAUCACUGUAUCGGUCACAUUGAAAUGGGAAGAUUAAUAACUGGUGCUAAUAAUCCUAUAGUUCUUUAUGUCAGCGGAGGCAAUACACAAGUCAUUGCAUAUUCUCAAAGACGGUAUCGCAUAUUUGGUGAAACAAUUGAUAUUGCUGUUGGUAAUUGCUUGGACAGAUUUGCUAGAGUUCUAAAGUUGUCUAAUGAUCCAAGUCCAGGAUACAAUAUUGAACAAAUGGCUAAGAGAGGUAAAAAGUACAUUGAAUUACCUUAUGUGGUAAAAGGAAUGGAUGUUUCAUUCUCAGGAAUUUUGUCAUAUAUUGAGAGUACAGCUCAUAAUCUGUUAAAAAAAGGAGCGUGUUCUGAAGAAGAUCUGUGUUUCUCACUUCAGGAAACAGUGUUUGCAAUGUUAGUUGAAACAACAGAAAGAGCAAUGGCUCAUUGUAAUUCAAAUGAAGUUCUUAUUGUUGGUGGAGUUGGCUGCAAUACAAGACUUCAAGAAAUGAUGGCUGAGAUGACUCGUGAAAGAGGAGCGACAGUUUAUGCAACAGAUGAAAGAUAUUGUAUUGAUAAUGGUGUGAUGAUAGCACAGGCAGGCUGGGAGAUGUUCCGCGCUGGUCAUGUAACACCUAUUGAAGAUACUUGGUGCACACAAAGAUAUCGCACUGAUGAAGUGGAAGUGAUCUGGAGAGAUUAAAUUUUGUGGAACGUAGUUCAUGGAGUCCUUCAAAGUAACAAAAAGGUACCUAAGACUAAGACAAAAUACUUUACGAAAACCUGAACAAUAUUUACGCAAAGUAGUCUAUCGUUCUAGCUUGAAUUGUAAUUUCAUUCCCAACGACGACAUAUGGACAAUUUUACAAACGCAAAGACGGUCUAACGCAUUUUAGGCUGCAUAUUAGGCUGCAUAUUAGAAAUAUAGAAUGCAUAUCAAGUGUUAGGAAACAAACUGUAAUGAAUUCUUUAU